UCAGUUUGAUUCAUUCUGAGUGAAGCGAGAAAGAUCUGUGUCACAGUCUGGUUCUUUUACAGUUCGAAAAGGGGCUGUGAAUUUGACCUUAGAGCCAAACGAAAUUCAGCUACUUGAAGAGGAAAAGAUUGUUUGAUAGAUGUUUUGUUUUUGAAUCAGUGAGCACUUGAGUCGGUAGCUUUUAUUGGCAUAGGUUGGAAAGUUGGUGGUGUAAAGGCAUCAACAGUACAUCAUCAAGAGCUGUUGUGCGAGGACAUGGAUUUAACAAAAGCUGGGGGCGUGAUAGCCUAUAUCAGCUCAUCAAGUUCAGCCUCCAGCCCGGAGUCAUGCCACAGUGACAGUUUUAACAGCAGCUACCAUUUUUCCUCCUCCUCACCUGCUUCCUCUUCCAACAGCCUUGAUGGACAGCAGGGCGACACAGCCACCCUUACUCAACCACAGGGUCCAUGCAUGGCAAAGACACGCUCGCCAUCUACUGCCAAAAGUGGCAUCACCAAGAUUAGUGGCCUGGUGCUGCUGUGUAAAGUGUGUGGAGACGUGGCUUCGGGAUUCCACUAUGGAGUUCAUGCAUGCGAAGGUUGCAAGGGUUUUUUCAGGAGGAGCAUCCAACAAAAUAUCCAGUACAAGAAGUGCCUUAAGAACGGCAACUGUCCCAUCAUGCGCAUUAACAGGAACAGAUGCCAGCAGUGUCGCUUCAAGAAGUGUCUGCUUGUUGGCAUGUCUAGAGAUGCUGUGCGUUUUGGACGAAUCCCGAAGCGGGAGAAGCAGCGCAUGUUGUUGGAGAUGCAGAGUGCCAUGACUAACAUGAUGAACAACAGCCAGCUCCAGGGCAGCAAUCCUCCAAUGCCCAGCAAUCAGACUCCACCCUGUCUCGCAAACCUUCCAUCAGGAGCACCCCCCCUGGCACCAUCUUCCUUCUCACCUGCUUCUUCACCUCAAAGCAACCAGUCUGAGUCAAGUACUGACCCUGAGUCCCUACUCCAUCCCAUGGACACAAGCCAGAGCUCAGACUCCACUGCCACAGACAGUGGGGAAGAAGAGGUCACUGGCAGAGGGACCAGGCCAAACCAGGAAACCCAACGGAUAAUGGACGAGGCACAGGAUGUGUGGAACCGUCACAACAACAUUGCUACAGUAAUGCUCCAGCACCCACCUUCGAGCUGCACUCCUCAUAAUCAUCAACAUUUACCACUGAAAGACAAUUUGCUCAGCCAGUGCCCUGUCAGAGUGAGCAAGUAUGCAUCAAGUGGGCAGUGCCAUGCUCAAAUGCAUUACGCUCAAACCAGUAACCAUUGUCCUGUGUCUGGUCACUCAAUUCAACUGCACAAUGAAAAUAGAGUCAAUGGAACCUUUGCUGGAGCAGCAUGGAGUGGAGGCAACAGGAUGCAUCUGGUGUGUCCCAUGAACACUUCACCAUAUGUGGACCCAUAUAAAUCAGGCCAUGCUAUCUGGCAGGAAUUCUCCAUGAGCUUUACACCAGCUGUUAGGGAGGUGGUGGAGUUUGCCAAACGCAUCCCAGGAUUUAAAGAGCUUUUGCAGCAUGACCAGAUCAGCCUGCUCAAAGCUGGUACUUUUGAGGUGCUGGUGGUUCGUUUUGCCUCUCUGUUCAACAUGACCGAGCGUACUGUGACCUUUCUGAGUGGGAAGAAGUACAGCAUAGAUGCACUCUUCUCCAUGGGUGCAGGUGACCUUCUUAACUCCAUGCUAGAAUUCAGCGAGAAACUGCGCUCACUGAACCUCAGUGAGGAGGAGAUGGGCCUCUUCACCGCUGUCGUGCUUGUCUCUGCAGACCGUUCCGGCCUGGAGAAUUCUAAAUCAGUGGAAGCACUGCAGGAGUCACUGAUCCAUGCCCUGCGCAGCCACAUUACACAAAACCACCCGGCCGAGAGUGGCAUCUUCACAAAGCUGCUUCUUAAACUGCCAGAGCUGCGCUCAUUAAACAACAUGCACUCAGAGCAGCUACUGGCCUUCAAGGUCCAGCCAUGAACAGCGCUCCUCCUGCUUCUGUAACUGUGGAUCCUGCUCUCCCUUCACCUCCCUUCCUCACAUACUGCAAAUCUAGAGUACUCAUCUAAUCUGUCAGUGUGCUUUCCACCUCCAGAAUUGGAGGAUUGGGGGCUGAUGUGAAGGUGCAGAGGAGCAGCAACUUGAGCGGUUGUAAUAUAGGUGAGGUAAAUACUUAUUUUGUGGUAAUGCAAAACGGAUCACAAUGAUUGCUUGAAGAUGGACUAUGGGGUGUAGACAUUUUUCAGAGGCACCUUCUUGAACUUCUUCGACUUCAAAUGUUGAACUGUGCAAUAUGUGAACUAUGUUUACUGUUUAGUUUUUUGGUCAGUUAAUGGUGUCAGAGAUGAUGUGUCAUAUAGAAUAGGGCUGUUAUUAUACCUCCUCCUCCUUUCUAGGAGGAGUGAUUAGGGUUCUCUUUUUUAUUAAUUUGGGGAUAGCUUACUGGCUUAUUGAACAUAAAAAAUAUUAUAAUCACUUCAAAGCAAAAGACCAAAAAUUACAGAAUGUCUUACCAGAAAUAAUAAAUGUGUACUGGGGGCCAUGCUUUUGGUUAACAGCAUUUUAUUCAUUGUCAGCUAGGGGUAGCCAGAUACACCUAUUACCUAGACUAGUCAACAGCUACCGUUCCUUUCAAAAUAUUGCUUUCAAGUUUUUUCAUUAAAAAAGGGGAAAUGUCCAGUUCCCAAUAUUUAAUUUGUAUUAAAUCAUUUGAAUGGGUGCUAAAAGGUUUUGCAUUGCCAACUACUGGCAUGUUCAAAAUUCGCCAGAGAAACCAAGCAGAAUUUUGUAAAUAGUGCCAAACUUUGAAUUGCAUAAUGAUUCUUUGACUGGUGGCACAAGUACUCAGGUGUGAUUACCAUCAAGAGGUUUGGGUUCUUAACGUUUAUUCACAGUUGAUCAAAAAUGCAGUCAGUGCUCGCUAACCCUAAUGUACUGUUCAAUAUUACUAUACAAUAUUCAAUAAAAAUGUACAAACGUUUGCUGUUGGUGAGGAGGUAGAAUUAUAAAUCAUGUGUAAAAGUUUAUGUACACAUGGGACCUGAUUUGGUUCUCAAAAUUUGGCUAGCAGAGACAUAAUACAUUCCCUAAUUCUUUAAGUUAGUUGAUGCUCAUAUUCUGUCACAUGUUCUUUAUUAUUGCGUCAAAAACAAAUUCACUUUAAUGCAUAAUGUUGUGUGGAACAGGUGUACGGUAAUGACACCAGGAGAGAGUGGAUUCUUCUUUUCAUUAGCUGUGCCCAACACAAACUUGUAUGGUUUUUGGAGAAUGGUAAUGUCAGGGUUUCCAUGCCUCCUCACUUAAACAAAAUGCAAUUAAAAGAAAGCUAGUUAGAUGAGUUCUGUUGGAACUUUUUUCUGCAGUAAAGUCAGCCAUGGACCAGAGGAAUAUGUGAGAAGCUGCCAUAUUAAAGCAUUGUAAAAUAAAAGGUGGUGAAAUGUGCUGUGCCCCUUUACUCAUCUGAUAGAGAUUAGGAUGGUUAGCGGGUAUUUUUCUCUGUGUUCUAGCUAAGUAUUUGUAGCCAAUUUAAAAACUACCUUUUUUGUUUAGUCUACUGAUGCAGCCGUGUAUGUGUUGCGAGUGAUUGAACUAUAUUUGGUAGUAUAAAAAUCAAACGCUCUGGCAGUGUUUCUGUUUAUUGGGCAAACUUGAGACGCUUGCAUGCACUGCCUGACGUUUACUUAUGGGACCCACUUGAAAAUUCAAGAAAUUUACUCAAAUAACUGACAGUAUCAGUUUGUAUCAAUGGAGCAGUUUUUUUUUUAUCAAAGCUAACUAUAAUACAAGGUUUUGUGUAUUUUGGUAAUGGUUACAUUAUGAAAAGUAGGGCAUUAGUCCUUUUAUGUGUAGUGAUUUCAGUCUGCUGUGCUCACUGCAAUUCUGGGUCUAUUUUCUUUUGAUUUUGGUCAAGUCUGUUGGUCAGUGCACCUCUGUGUGGUAGGUCUUUGAUUUCUUUUUUUUCUUUUUUUGAUCAGCUGUGCAAUCAGCUGUGUGUUUUUACACACAAGCAUAUCACAAGAUAAACUGAGAGGGAACUUGGAGCUAUCAGAAUGGACAAACAUGACGAAACUGUUUCAUGGUUUGACUGAAAUGUCAAACGUACCUCAUAAUGAUUAAUGAACUGUUCAUCAGACAUGAAUGUAUUUGCAGUGAUGGAUAUGCCAGCAAGAAUGUAGUGUACAGUCAGAGUGGUUUUGACUCCAGAGAGCCAGAUUUCAUCAUAGUCUGUUCCCAAAAGUCCUGAUAGCAUCUAUGUUCCCUCUCUCUGUUUUCAUCCUGCAGGUCUGUCAGCACUGGAUUGUCAAAUUCUGAUGUGUAUUGUUUUUAUUUUGUGAAAAUAUUUCUUUGUGAAAUAGAUUUAUAUAUGUAAGAUAUACAAGUAAUAAAUAAAGAAAUAUAUAUUACAUAUAAAAUAAAACAAUUAAAUGAAAA